CAGACUGGACUCGUUGGAAUGGCAUCAAUUCAUCAUUUUGAAGUCUUAACCUCAAACCUGUCUCAUCGUGUGAACCAGUUCCAGUCCCAGUUUGGGUUUAAAGUAUUUGCACAUUCAGCGACUUCAGACCAACCCACUACUGUGGAGGGAGAGGGCGUGGCUUUACAUAUUAAUUCCGUCGUCAUGGUGAUCAGAGGUGUCAAAGGGGUUUCGCCUCCUAAUGACUGGAUAAGCGACGUCGCAUUACAUAUCUCGUCUUCGACUCAAUUUGACGGUUUACUUGAACGACUACAAUCGACAUCCGAUGCAAGCGUUUUAAGAACUUCUUGUACGACAGAUACUCCUCGACCAUUAGCUGAAGGCUUGUUGUGUCCAGCUGGUACAGGAGAUAAUACUAGAACUAAACAAAGGAAAUAUUUUAAAGUAUCGAGUCCGUUUAGUUCUGUAUGUCAUACUGUAAUAUGUGGAGAGUGCAGUUGUAAAGAAGGAUGGAGGGACGGAGGAGAAGGAGAGGGUAUAGAGUGUCUUUUAGGUUUCGUUAAGUGUCCAUUGCUUUAUGGGGAACCUUGUUCGUCAUGUAGUGGGCGGUUUGAUUCUAGUUCUUUGGUAUCGAGGCCUCGGGAUGUGUCACAUGUUGAUCAUGUGACUUUUGCAUGUCACACUCAUUCAUCUGACGACAUAUUGAAAUGGUACGAAAGACAUCUUGGAUUCCAAAGGUUGCAGAUUAACUCUAAAGAAGAUGAUAAUGGUUUUAUUUUGGAUGGCAGCAAUGGGAUGAGAAUGUUAGCCAUGAAGUACUGGCAAUGUUCAGAGACCACGGCUACGUUGGGAGGGAAAGACGAAAAACUAGUUCAACUUGUUUUUGCAGAGCCACUUCCUAAUGCAGGAAAGAAUCAGGUGGGGACUUUCCUUAAGCAAAAUUCCGGCCCUGGUGUUCAACACAUUGCCUUUCACACUGAGAAUAUUGUGGGUGUGGUUUCUAAUCUCCGUAGCAACGGCGUUCAUUUCAUUACUCCACCACCUGAAUACUACUCACUGUUUGAAAAGAUGAACGAGAUAAGGAAGGCUGGUGAGAGCGUAGACCUGUUGCAAGAGAAUAACAUAUUGAUUGAUUUUGAAGAGGAGGAAGAGAAGAAAAAGUAUCUAAUGCAAGUCUUUAGUCAUCCUUUAUUCGAUAGAGAGACAUUCUUUCUUGAGAUAAUUCAAAGACACGGUGCUGCAGGCUUUGGUGCUGGUAACAUCAUUGCUCUGUGGAAAGCACUAGAGAUUCACUUUAGACGCAAUAAAACAAUAGGAGGACACUCAGGAUACUAGCCUACGUGUAUAGUAAUCUAUUAGUAAUCUAUGCCCAUACCACACUAUUAAAUUAUUAUUUAUUACACUCAUCUGUUGCAUAUCAAAACUAUUAAAAUGAUUUUAAA